AUGUUCUUUCCUGGAGAGAACGGCCUGCUCGAUAUCACAGUACACAGACUCCGGUUGAACCUGGAUUUGAGAGCCGCGUGCAAGAGAUCAAGGCUGCUGUUUCAGACGCAUAUCCACGUCUGGAAAGUAGUUGAGGAGGACAAAGUCGUGGUCCAGGGCAGCAAAUUGAUAUUCUUUGACCUCAUCCAAAAUGAUCACAAGAUUCAGGGCAUGUGGAAUCUGCGUAUGUCAGCUGAUGUAACUCCGGAGAAAUUUAAGCAAUUGUAUCGUCUGCUUCGUCGCGGAGAUGCUUUUUCUAUUACUGGAAGACCGCAUCGAACUGGAAGAGGAGAACUCACAGUUCAAGUGACGGAAAUUCCAACCCUUCUCUCUCCGUCGCUUCACGAUAUUCCCACCGAUACAAAGGAGCAUGGCAUCUCGGGUUAUCCUCGACAUGUCCAAUUUCUGGCCGAUAAACAUACGUCGGACGUCAUGCGAAUACGAUCAACAAUAAUUCAGUAUAUUCGACAAUUCUUUGUUGAGCGUGCUUUUAUGGAGGUGAACACGCCUAUUAUGGCUAGUGAAGCUGGUGGUGCGACUGCGCGUCCUUUUGUGACGACGGCGAAUGAGUUUCCGGAUAAGUCGUUGUAUUUGAGGAUAGCUCCUGAGCUGUGGUUGAAACGGUUGGUUAUUGGCGGGUUCGAUAAAGUCUUUGAGAUUGGAGCAUCGUUUCGGAAUGAAGGCAUCGAUAAGUCGCACAAUCCCGAAUUCACGACAUGCGAAUUUUACAUGGCAUACGCAAAUCUGGAAGACGUGAUCUCUAUGACCGAGAAACUCUUCUCUGGUCUAGCAGAACAUGUCUAUCAACACAAACAACGCCUGGACUCCAAAAUCCCAACUCCAAGCACAAAUUUCUCAGCCCCUUUUCGACGGAUAGACUUCAUUCCUGGAAUUGAGGCUGCCAUUGAGCGACCAUUACCAGAUCUAUCUUCCCCCACCGCGGAAGAGGACAUAAAACAACUCUUCGCAGACCUCUCACUCCCACUCCCCGACCUUCCCACCCUCCCUCGUCUCAUGGACAAACUCUGCUCAACCUACUUGGAACCGCAAUGCAUUGAACCAACAUUCAUAAUCCACCCACCGGAAUGCCUCUCUCCACUAUCAAAAUCUUUCCUAUGUAACAACCAACGCGUCGCCGCCCGGUGCGAACUCUUCAUCCAAGGCAGAGAAUACGUAAACGCGUAUGAAGAAGAGAACUCGCCAUGGGAGCAAAGACGGAAGUUUGAGCAGCAACAGGUUUUCAAUCAGCAUACGGGCGAGUCUACGGGUGUUGAUGAGGGUUAUUUGCAGGCGAUGGAAUGGGGGUUGCCGCCGACGGGGGGUUGGGGUUGCUCUGUACCCUUCGAUGCCUUGACAGAAGCAUUCGGCCCUUCGUCCCUGGGAAUAAUCGUAGUUAAAGAUCUACCUCCCACCUUCAAAGAGUUGCGUGCUCAAGUCCUCUCGAACUCUUCUUAUCUUGCUUCUCUGCCUCAGGAUGAGCUCGCAAACCUCGAAAGCCCCCAAUCUAAAUACCUCGUAGGCUGGUCCUGCGGCAAAGAAACCCUUCGCUCAGGCCACUUCGACACCCUCAAGGGCUCCUACUACAUCAACUGCGCGUUCUACCAAAACCCUUCUCUUCAAAACGCGCCUGCAGAUGAGUUUCCUGAUUUCCCGCAGUACACAGCUCCCAAUAUCUGGCCAGAUGCUGAGAAAUUGCCUAUCUUUCGCCGGAGUGCGGAGGAGUUGAUUUCGCUAAUCAUUGAUACGGCGGCGCUGGUGGCGAGGGCGUGUGAUCGGUACGCUGCUGUGAAUAUUGAGGGUUACAAGGAGGGGUAUUUGGAGCAUGUUGUUAAGACGAGUUUGACUACGAAGGCGCGGCUGUUGCAUUAUUUCCCGGCUGAAUCAGCGGAACAGAAGGGAGAAGAAGGAGAGGAUGAUGACUGGUGUGCUACGCAUGUUGAUCAUGGUUGUCUGACGGGGCUUACGUCGGCUAUGUUUGUUGAUGAGUCGGUACAAUCACCUUCGGAUAUGUCGAAGACGUCUACACUCACAGAAUUACCGACUUCGCCAGACCCAAAGGCAGGUCUGUACAUCCGCUCGAGAACUGGGGAAAUCGUCAAGGUGAAUAUCCCCAAGGACUGUCUCGCGUUCCAGACAGGAGAAGCGUUGGAGUUGAUUACGCAAGGAAAGUUCCGUGCUGUGCCGCAUUUUGUCAAAGGUGCUGCGACGACUAGCGGAAAGAUUGCGAGGAAUACGUUGGCGGUGUUUACGCAGCCGAAUCUGGGAGAAGAGGUGCAGAAAGGCAAGACAUUUGCGGAUUUUGCAAGGGAGGUUGUUGAGAGGACUUAUUAA